GGAUUGUAUGUGGAAUGUAAAUAUUGCGCGAUGUUCGAGAUUUGUAAACAUUCGAGAAAAUUGGCGAAUUUUUAUGCAUAGUCUUAAUAAAAAGCGAUUGAUGUUGUAAAAUCCAAUAAAUUCAACGUUUUAUGAUUUUUACACUACUUCGAAGCGAUGGUGAAUGUAAUGAAAGGAGUAUUCGUUGAAUGUGAUCCGGCUAUGAAACAAUUUCUAUUGCAUCUCGACGAAACACUCGCACUGGGACGCAAAUUCAUCAUACAAGAUUUGGAUGAGAAUCAUUUGUUUAUCUCUACCGAUAUCGUCGAAAUACUGCAAGCACGUGUGGACGAUUUGAUGGAUCGCAUCAGUUUCCCACUGCACGAGAAGGAACCUUAAAUUUUCACACCUUUCAUAUUAAAACUACAUACAUACAAACAAAUACAAUCAUUCAACAAUGGCAGGCCGCGAAUCCAACCGCAUCAAAGAUGCCGAAAAGAAGCGCGUACUCGACGAAGCUGCACGCCAACGACGCGCGCGCAAGGCACUUGAAGCACUGGAGCAAGACAAUUUUCAUGAAG